UCAUCAAUGAGAUACGUGUGCAAGUGUCAUUACUAGAAUUGAGUGAUAAUUCAAGUAAGGAGCUGGUUUCAAAAGAAUUAUUACAGAAUCAACUUUUGAAGCUGGAUAUUAAUCAUGAUGAUGUCAAUGGAGCUGCAGCUGAUGAUGCUUUGUUUGGAGCCAAAAAAUUUGAUGCAACAAGUAGCCAAAGGAAUGCAUAA